CAUAACAAACAGAAACUCACCACCGUUUCUCUUUUCUUUCUUCUUUCUUCUUUCAUUUUUUUCAACAAUUUUCCGCGAAGGAAAAGAAGAGAAAUCAACGUAAGAAGAUAGAGGAGGCGUCAACAGCAAAAGGGUGUGGAGCAAAAUGGCCAGAGAAGCCUUCAUGUUGAAACAAAGUGCCUUGUUGUCUCUGAGAGCGUUGAAGAGCUUGUUGACGUUGAUAUGCGCGGUUGCUAUGCUGCUGCUGCUGCCGUUCAGAGGGCGGAGGAGGGUGUCGCUGGCAAAGAAGGUGCCAAGGAAAAGUGCCGGUGCUAGUGAUGGUGCGGUGGCAAGGAGAGAGUUGGCCAUAAGGAGGGUGGUGGAGGAUGAUGACCAAAGAUGUGUGAGGGAGUAUCAGCUUUUGGGGACCAAAAGGGGUGACACCAUUUUCACACAAUGUUGGACACCAGUUUCUCAUAAUAUCAGGGGACUCGUUCUUCUUAUGCAUGGACUUAAUGAACACAGUGGCAGAUAUAGUGAUUUUGCGAAGCAGUUGAAUGCUAAUGGCUACAAAGUUUAUGGGAUGGAUUGGAUUGGCCAUGGUGGAAGUGAUGGUCUGCAUGCGUAUGUCCAUUCUCUAGAUGAUGCUGUAUCGGAUAUGAAAAUAUUUAUUGAGAAGAUUCUAAAUGAAAAUCAUGGGCUUCCAUGUUUCUGCUAUGGACACUCAACAGGUGCAGCUAUUACUCUUAAGACACUGCUUGACAAAAAAGUUGAAGCUAGCAUUGUUGGUGCUACAUUCACAUCGCCAGCAGUUGGAGUUGAGGCUUCUCAUCCAAUUUUGGUGGCACUUGCUCCUAUAGUUUCUUUUUUGCUGCCCAAAUAUCAAUGUAAUACUGCAUAUAAGAAGGGGUUGCCAGUUUCUCGAGAUCCAGAGGCUUUAAUUGCUAAAUAUUCAGAUCCACUAGUAUGUACAGGAUCACUUAGAGUACGCACUGGCUAUGAGAUUCUUCGAAUUACAAACUUCUUGCAACAAAAUUUAAGAAAACUGAGAGUUCCAUUUCAAGUUCUCCAUGGCACUGCUGAUUCUGUUACCGAUCCUGAUGCUUCUCAAAAACUGUAUGAGAAAGCUUCCUCAACUGACAAAACUAUCAAAUUGUAUGAAGGCUUCUCACAUGACCUUCUCUUUGAACCUGAACGAGAGGAUAUCACUCGAGACAUAAUUCAAUGGCUCAACAGUAGAAUGUGAAAUAAGUUAGAGCAGUAAGGGAAAUAUCAUAGAAUUUUCAACCAAAGAAAUUGAAAGAUCAAUUUCAUGGGUUGUGCAAGACAAAAACACUUAAAAGCAAAAUAAAUAUGUACAUUUUCUCAUCAUGUUCAAGGAGGGUACGGAUGAUAAUUCCAAAUGUUAUGGCAUUUGAAAUUAUCAAAAUGAAAGAGCAAGGGUAUGUACUGUGUAUGGACAUUUAGAUGAGCCUUAGCAUGAGUUACAAGUUUUUUCUUUACAUAGACUAUGAAUGAUAAUGCUGUAUAUUACCUCAUCACAAGUAACAAUUUGUCCCUCACAUGGCA